AUGGGGAAUUCAUCUUCUUCCUCAUCAUCGUCCACUCCUAAGCAUGCCUGUCAAGUGGUGAUAGUAGGUGGCGGUUAUGGUGGCAUCCAACUCGCUGUACAACUUGACAGCUACUGCAAAGUCAUUCUCAUCGACCCUAAGGAUGCUUUCCAUCACAAUGUGGGAGCUCUCCGAGCUAUUGUUGAGCCGGCAUUUAUCAAAAAGACUCUAAUUCCUUAUGAGGAGACACUCAAGCAUGGCUCAUUUGUGAAGGAUCGAGUGGUGAGUUGCAAUAUUUCCAGAAAGACGGUGACACUUGCUGGUGGUGAAGAAAUCAGCUAUGACUAUCUUGUGUUUGCUUGCGGUUCAUCCGUACCAUUUCCAGCUUCCUUCGAGAGCAUUCGAGAAACUUGUAAUGCUUAG